AUGCCGCUACUAUGUCGUGCAAGAAAGCUGGAAAGGGUUUUGUUCUUCGGCAGCUCUGGUCCAUAUCUGGCCUUGCCGGUCGAGAACUUGCUGGAGGUGAACCUCAUCAACUGUCACUUCGUCGAGUCCGAGCUUCGCAAUCCCCUCCAGCACUGCAGACGUCUUCGGAAAUGCGUCUGCGCCGGCGGGGCCAAGGCGUGCGAGGUUAUCGAGGCCCUCGAGCCAGCCCACAGCAGCCUCGAGGUCCUAGGUAUGGACCUCCGCCGUUGGGCUGGUCCUCGCGGUCUGAGGAUCCCGUCCCUGGAACAGUUCGUUGCCCUCAAGGUCUUGUAUAUUGACCUGAUUUGCGUCUGGGACUGGCGGUCGGGGAACAACACGGAUUCCCCGCCCAGCCCAGACAUGCUGUUCACCACUUUGUUGCCCGAGUCGAUCGAGGAGGUUGCACUGUUCGGCAUGGGCUCCAAUGCUGCAGCCUAUGGGUUCGAGGUGGAAGCACAUGUCAAAAGGCUGGCCUCGGACAGAAAAGAGAAGGGCAGGUUUCAGCAGCUGAAACAGUUGCGUGGUCAAGGGUUCUGGCCCUUUGGGUACGACGUGGAUCCGAGGUCGGUAGCAAAUGAUGAUAUUGUACCCCGUAUCACCGCAUUGAAUGACGCAAAGACCGUAUUGGGGGACAAUGGAGUUGAAGUCAUCUUCGAUGCAGAAGGGGACUCGGAUCUGGAAUUUGGCAACAUCAUAUCAUUUUGCUAG